CAAACUCCCUCCCCUUAACCCUUCCUUGCCCGGCUGGGAGAGGGGGAUUUGUUCCUUUGGCCUCUCCCCAUCCUCCUUCUCUUUGCAGCCUGUAUCAUUUCCUCUCCUCCUCCUCCUUCUGAGAAAAUGUGAUUGUUGGCUGAGAAUUUUGGAGUAGAGCCUGUUCAGGGAUUUCUUUCUCUUGCAAGAAGAGGGAGGAAACGCAUCUUGGAUACGGUUUGGUUCUUCAUCAGAGUGGUUCCAACAUGGAGAGACCCAACUCACCUGGACCUGAAGCAGGCAGAGCAACCAGGAGCAGUGGGGAAUUCUGGCAAACAACUACACAGACGUUCCUGAAUGCACUCAUACAGCACCAGCAAUUCAGGCAGACCUCCUACCAAGAGGGUGAGGGACCCAGAGAGGUUUGCAGCCGUCUCCACGAUCUGUGCCGCCAGUGGCUGAAGCCAGAGCAACACACCAAGGCUGAGAUGCUGGACCUGGUGAUCCUGGAGCAGUUCCUGAGCCUCCUGCCCCCAGAGAUGGGGAGCUGGGUCCGAGAGUGUGGGGCAGAGACCUCUUCCCAGGCAGUGGCCCUGGCGGAAGGCUUCCUCCUGAGUCGGGCAGAGGACAAGAGGCAGGAAGAACAGGACCAAAAUAACUGCAUGGAAGUCCAGUCUAAUAUCCCUGCAUCAGAGAAACCUCCAUCAGACACCACCCAUAGCCUCAGGCAGAAGGAGCUGGAGCAUCAAGUAGAUGGGGCUGCAGCCUUGAGGGGGGCAGGAAUGAUGUUGCUGAAUCUUCAGUCGUUUCUUCCCCUUUGGGAUGGAGUGAAACUGAAUCAGUUUAGGGCACAACAGUGAAAGCUGGCACAUGUCCAGAUUCCAUUUCUGAUUCUACUAAUCCAUUAAGAAAUGGUUUUGACUGUGACCAACUGGACGUCUCUACAAAGCUUAAACCAUGUCAUGGAGGUCGUAGCCCUUUCCCUUUCAAA